CGAGAGCGGUGUCUGCGUAUCUGGACGUGCGGCUGCUGUCACUUUCCGUCAUGGCGCUGAAGGUGGCAGCGGUCGUCGGCGGCGCUGCGAAGGCGGCGCUCAGACCGGCCCUCCUCUGCCGUCCUUGGGAGACAGCAAACAUCAUUGAGCAGGAGUAAUUGGCUGGAAAAGAAUCAAAGGACAAAGGAGGGGGAGGGAGACAGACAUUUCUUCAACCACUGACUGUGGAGUUGAAGGAAGCAUAAAGGGUUGCGGCGACCCUCCAUGGUGCUUUGCCUGGCUGGUCCUUGGGAAAUGGAGGCUCUGGAGCCAUUUGUGUGGGCGUGUACUGUGUGCUGUUCACCAGAUGCUGGUACAUGGUGAAGGUUCUCGGUGCCCACGAGGCCCCCCGGAGGAGCGUCUCACAACAGACAAUUCCUCCAUCGGCUAAGUAUGGUGGGCGGCACACGGUGACCAUGAUCCCGGGGGAUGGCAUCGGGCCAGAGCUCAUGUUGCAUGUCAAGUCUGUGUUCAGGCACGCGUGUGUGCCGGUGGACUUUGAAGAGGUGCAUGUGAGCUCCAAUGCUGAUGAAGAGGACAUCCGCAACGCCAUCAUGGCCAUCCGUCGGAACCGUGUGGCCCUGAAGGGCAACAUCGAAACAAACCAUAAUCUGCCACCGUCCCACAAAUCCCGAAAUAACAUCCUUCGCACCAGCCUGGACCUCUAUGCCAAUGUCAUCCACUGUAAGAGCCUGCCAGGAGUGGUGACCCGGCACAGGGACAUAGAUAUCCUCAUUGUCCGGGAAAACACAGAGGGCGAGUACAGCAGCUUAGAACAUGAGAGCGUGGCUGGAGUGGUGGAGAGCCUGAAGAUCAUCACCAAGGCCAAGUCCCUGCGCAUUGCUGAAUAUGCCUUCAAACUGGCCCAGGAGAGCGGGCGCAAGAAAGUGACAGCUGUGCACAAGGCCAACAUCAUGAAACUGGGCGAUGGGCUCUUCCUCCAGUGCUGCAAGGAGGUGGCAGCCCGCUAUCCCCAGAUCACCUUUGAGAGUAUGAUCGUGGACAACACCACCAUGCAGCUGGUGUCCCGGCCCCAGCAGUUCGAUGUCAUGGUGAUGCCCAAUCUCUAUGGUAACAUUGUCAACAAUGUCUGCGCAGGACUGGUCGGGGGCCCUGGCCUCGUGGCUGGGGCCAACUAUGGCCACGUGUACGCUGUGUUUGAGACGGCUACAAGGAACACGGGCAAGAGUAUCGCCAACAAGAACAUUGCCAACCCCACAGCCACGCUGCUGGCAAGUUGCAUGAUGCUCGACCACCUCAAGCUCCAUUCCUAUGCCACCUCCAUCCGCAAGGCCGUGUUGGCGUCCAUGGACAACGAAAACAUGCACACCCCAGACAUCGGGGGCCAAGGUACGACGUCGGAAGCCAUCCAGGACAUCAUCCGCCACAUCCGCAUCAUCAAUGGCCGCGCAGUGGAGGCCUAGGCCGUCCCGGGACCGCCUCAAUGCACUCCCCCUUCCCGUUCCCAGUGCACCAGCGGGUUUGGUGGGCGGCCCCAGAAUAAAUCAGCUUCUGCCCCAGA